UUUCCUCUUCAUCAUCACCAUCACUGUACCUCAUGAUAGCAUUUCCCACCACUUCUCUAAAUUUGGACACCCUGCUGAGUCUCAGGCACCCCACAGCAGCCCUUCUCUCCUCCUCUUCCUCCCUCGCCUUCAGUCGAGUAACCCACUUGACAAACAUAAACCUUCACAUGAAUUUACCAGCAACAGACGCAGAUUAUUCCCAUUUAAAGGUGAACAGGGAGAACAGGAUAUGCGGUUGCCAUGGAAUUCUCUCAAAAGCUUUUGGCAAACUGGCACAUCCCACUUCUGAUGUCAGCAGUCGGAGAAGGAAGCAUGGAGAGAGGGAGGGAGCGGGGUGAGGAAGGAGUUCAGAGAAAAGAGCGAGAGACAAGGGAGAAGGGGAAGGGGUGAGGGAGUGAAUGAGGGAGGCAGCCUGUUGCUCCUCAUCAUCAAACAGCCUCUUCGUACUCCACAAGCUCCAGCGCCUGUGUUGAGAUGGAGCAGAGUUGAAGCAAGAAGGAAACACAAAUCUUCAUCUUCAUGUUUCCUGAGCAAGGAUACAAGAGCAAAGUCUGUGAGGUUGAGAUUGCGCUGAUGGGAGGUUGAGCACAGGGAUGUGACAGUAAAGAUGACCCUGCUGGCGGGUGAUGGUUCUGACUACGACUACAGUGCCCUAAGCUGUGCCUCUGAUACUUCCCUCAAUCAACCUCCACAACAAGAAGCAGAGGCACGGAAGGGAGCCUUCUACAAAAGGGCCCAGCUUGCCCUGGAGCGCACCACCGUCCCUGACAACACCGCUUUGUCUGGCGCCCGGAAGAUCCACGCCAUCAUUAAUGUGGGUGGCCUGCGCUACCAGAUGCCUUGGACCACUUUAGAGGAUUUCCCUCUGUCCCGCCUGGGCCAGCUGCACCUCUGCAGCAGCUUUGACGAGAUUAUGCGCAUCUGUGAUGACUACGACGUUGCACACAAUGAGUUCUUCUUUGACCGCAGCCCCUGUGCCUUCAGGACCAUCCUGACUUUCUUGAGGGCGGGUAAGCUGCGCUCCCUCAGGGAGAUGUGCGCUCUCUCGUUCAGAGAGGAGCUCCUCUACUGGGGCGUCCCAGAGGAGAGCCUGGAGUGGUGCUGUCGCCGCCGCAUGCUGCAGCGUGUGAAGGAGUUUGAAGCCAUGGAGAGAGCAGAAGAAGAGGAUGAACUUUUGGAGGACCUGUUGGAUUCGGAGAACGGACACAGGGAGCGCACGGCUGAGACCAGAAUCAACUGGUGCAUGAACAAACUGAGAGACAUGGUGGAGAGGCCUCACUCCGGCCUGCCAGGGAAGAUCUUUGCUUGUUUGUCAGUGUUGUUUGUUACCAUCACAGCCAUCAACCUCUCCAUCAGUACCAUGCCAGCUAUGAGAGAAGAGGAAGAGGCGGGCACAUGUUCCAAGAUGUGCUACAACAUCUUCAUAGUGGAGACCGUAUGUGUGGCCUGGUUCUCCUUGGAGUUCACCCUGCGCUUCAUUCAGGACCGCAGCAAGCUGACCUUCUUCAGAAAGCCUCUGAACCUGAUCGACGUGGUGGCCAUCCUGCCGUACUACAUCACGCUGCUGGUGGACGGUUCGUCCAACGUGGAGAAGCGCCUCAGCUCCGGCAGCAGCUACUUGGACAAAGUGGGCUUGGUGCUACGCGUCCUGAGAGCGCUGCGCAUCCUCUACGUGAUGCGGCUGGCUCGCCAUUCGCUGGGCCUGCAGACUCUUGGCCUGACGGCGAGGCGCUGCACACGGGAGUUUGGACUGCUCCUCCUUUUCCUGUGUGUGGCGAUUGCUUUGUAUUCACCCCUUCUGUACCUGAUUGAGAAUGAAAUGGCUGCCACACAGGAGUUCACAAGCAUCCCCGCGACCUAUUGGUGGGCUGUGAUCACUAUGACAACUGUUGGUUAUGGGGACAUGGUGCCAAGGAGCAUCCCUGGUCAGGUGGUAGCUCUCAGCAGCAUUCUGAGUGGCAUUCUCCUGAUGGCAUUCCCUGUCACCUCCAUCUUUCAUACCUUCUCCAGAUCAUAUGUGGAGCUGAAGCAGGAGCAGCAGAGGAUCCUGCAGAGGAGGACACACUUCCUACUGCGUAGCCGCAUGGCCGGCCUGGGCAGCAAUCUCUCCUUAGAAAGUGACCUCCUCUUUCCCAUAGGGCCACCUGAAACCACAGAAAUGAACAACUGAGACUGCAGUAGAUGAGGACAACAUGUGGUUGUCUAAUUGCAAGAACAGGGAAGAGUGGAAAGAAGAUUAAUAUCAUGCAUUGGACUUUUUUGCUUUUAUCACAUUGCAACAACAAACUUAAAUAGCAGCAUGUAACUUUUAUAAAGAAUAUGUUUUUUUUACAUAUUUUUUAAAACUGUCACCAUGUCGUGACAGUGUAACAUGAAAAAGAUAAUCUGUGAAAAGAUUGAUCUUAUCCAUCUCCAUGAGCUACCACUGCUGUCUAAACAAAUGCACUGCUCCCAACCAAAAACAACCAAUGAGAGCCAAGAGGAGGGUCUUAGUCCUGUCAAUCAUACUCAUGUACUCGCUUCUCACUGAGAAACAACUUACCGUUUAUCUGCCGUCAUCGGUGGCCAUGCCUGAGCAUCCUAAACAGGCUCUGCUAGCUGCAGUAGGGAAAGGAACGGGAGGAAGGAUGAGCAUCACCGCACCAGAUUGUGAUUGACAGCACUAAGUCCCACCUCCUGGCUUUGAUUGAUUGUUUCUAGUUAGCACUGGGAGCACUGGACGAAGGCAAAGGAGCUCUAUUUUCUUUCACAUAUUUUCUGUCUCAUGAGACAACAUAAUGACAGUUUCAAUAAAUAUGUAAGAAAAAGAAAAGAGAAAGUUACAUAUUUCUGCGUGAAGUGUAUUAAAAGUUGGAUUUUCAGUGGUAGACCAACAAAAUGUAGUGCAUAUUUCUGAUAUGGAAGAAAAAUAUGCAUAUUUUAUUUCAUUUCUCUACCUAAAAACAUGUGAAAGGUGUGGCAUUAAUUUGUAUUUAGCCUUGUUUGUUCUGAUACCCCUAAAUAAACUCCAAUGCAACUAAAAUACUUUCAGUUUAAAUAACUCCACUUCACAACAAAUGAUUGACACUCCAGAAAUCCAUACAUAUAUUGUAAUUUAAUCAAUUUUAAUAGCAAAAAUUAAUCAUGUGAGUCAGGUAAGGGACAAACUAUGAACAAAAAUGCAAAAUCAUUUAACAGAGGAAAAAGUUGAGACAUUCUAGCCUAUAAUUUCACACCCUUUGAUAGAAACAGCUGAGUCAUUCACAGCAUCUCAAUGAGAUCAGAAUGCAGGUUUAUGUUUGGCCCAGGAAAUUUGUACAAGCUUUAAUUUUUAUAACAGUGCCUGUUUUUUUUUUAGACUUCUUUAAAUCUUAAACUUAAGGUAAUGUAGUCUUCUUUCUAACACUUUUAGUUUCACUUCAGCAGUCGGGAGGAGUCCAAACUAAAUGUCUGAACCACAACAAACCUCCUUCAAAAUGCUGAGUUAUGAUUUUCCAAUCAUGUGUGCAUGAUGUGACAGUUUUUCCAAUCUAAGUGUGUAAAUGUGGUAGACAUAUCUGGACAUAUGUCAGAAAAGCAGGCAGUCAAACCAGUCCUAAUUUUUCUUUUUACAACUGCACAAUUAAAACUUAAAUCAAUUUAAAUCAAUUUCUCACAAUAUAAUUAUUGAGACAGACUAAGAUUUAAAUACAAAUAUUCCAAAUUGAUUCUAGUUAUAUAGGAAAUGCAAUUUCAGUUUGUAACAACAAUUGGUAAAAAGUUAGACUCUAAAAUUGUGUAAUUUAGUCUCAGCUUAAAUACAUUUAUUCUGCCUCAGACAUUUUGGGAUAUCAGAGUAAAAGGCCUUCAAUUCAAAAGAGUGCCACAAUUAUCAGAUUUGUACUUGCAAAAGGUGUUGAAAAUAUUUUAUUGUGUGUGUUCCACUUCACAAUUACAUGCUACUUUGUGUUGGUCUAUCUUGCAAAAUUUCAUUAAAAUACACAGGAGUUUGUAGCUGUAAAUUUAGAAAGGCGCUGUUGGUGGAUUAUGUGGAGACAAAGCAAAACUCAAAAGCAACUAAUGCUUUUCCUUCAGGAAAAUCAGGUUAUUGUGUAGCAUGAAGCGCCUGGCAAGAAGUAAAAACAUCAAACUAUCUGACACAUUUCAGUUUAACAGCUGAAGCUUUUGCAAAGCAUUGAAAAUAAGUCAAAGUCAUUGUAUUCAUUUAAAAAAGUAGACACAAAGACUUUGCUCAAGAUCAAGCCGAAUAACAAACAAUUAGCUGCAUGUGUCUAAUUAUGCAACUAAUUCUGCUGUUAGUCACAUUUUUCAUCUAGUUUACUAAAAGCAAUAGGAUUUUUUUGAAUGAAUGGUCCAUCCAUCUCUCCCCACACACACAACCAAAUACACACCAACUCUCCUGAUUAUGGGUAUUCUUCUGAUUCGAUUAGAUAUAUUUUUGAGAAAACUAAGAAUUAAUUUUUAAAAAAGAAAAAAACCCAGAAAUUUCAAAAUUCAUUACGUCUUUUUUGUUUGUUUUGCUCCAUGACACCCUACAAGUCAUGUCGAAUCUUAAGAUUAGAAAAAUGAAAAAAAUAUAUAUUCACAUUUUGCAUUGCAGAAUGUUAACUAGGUUGUAAUUAAAAAGACACAAGAGCAAAAGACAGAAAAAUAUAGAUGCCCAUGUCAUGUCAUUAACACACAAACAGGCUGCUUCUCAGCUCAUUAAAAGUUUAUCAUUCUCUAAAAAUAAAAAAACUAUAAAAAAUUAUGAAAUGUCAUAAAAGUACUCAGUAAAGUUCUGUUGGAAAUGUUUCUCCAUGUGGUGUGGACGGCUUCUUGAAGGUUUUUUACAAAAUCUGAAUCUGCAGCUUGUUUUCAUCCGGGGGUGUCCAAAGUGUGGCCUGGGGUCCAUUUGUUGCCCUUGGACUGAUUUUAUUUGAUCCCCCAACUCCAGUUCAAAAAAGAUAUAAUUUUGUUUAUUAAACUUUUAUUUAUAAAAUCAUUAUUGACAUUGUUUUCUUGAAAUUGAAAAUAUUAAGUCUACAAAACAUUCAUCCUUUUACAACCAAACCUUUAUAAAAAGCAGAACCACGUUUAUCCACAGAUUUUACUGAAAAGCCGAGUUUCCUGCAUCCAGUUCAUUUAUUAAACUCAACUUAAUAUGGUGAGUGUUUUGAAAGAAAAUAGUCAAAAUUUUGUUUUUAUAGCUGAGAACAAAUUUGCUCAAAUGAGCACAAAAGAAAUUGAAAAAGGAUUUAAAAUUUUUGUAAAUUGAAAGUUUUUGCAAACAAGCAAUCCUUUUCAAGUUUUGUAUCUACAAACAGAAACAAAAAAAAUUUUUUCUUCUUCUUUCUUUCUUGACCUUUGAGAACUUUUGACUUAAUGAUUUUGACCCACAUGACAAAAUGUUUGGAGACCCCUGCUUUAGUCAAAUCUGUUUUUUUCCCUUCCAAGGAAUAUCACAACUGAAUAUGUGGCUAGUCCAGGAUUGGUUGUGCACAUAAAAAAUAAUUAUUAAGGACACAAAAAGUGGGUAAGAACAAAAGCUCUUUCAAAAACGCAAUGCAUUUCAGUAAAAUGAAUUAUGCUACAGCAAUAUGAAGUCCAUGUAAAGUGUAAGAGUUCAAGCCAGACUCUUAGUUAUCAGUGUUAAUCUUAAAAUACACUCUGGUGUAACAUAAAGAGCAUUGGUAAUGUUUUUUUAGGCAACCAAUAAUUUUUUCUGAUUUUAAAAUCUAAUGGAUUUGAGAAUUCAUGGCGCAGAUUGUCUCAGUGUAACUCAGCAGAAGCUGCUGUGUGUUUAUCAUAAAUCCUAAAGCUGUGACAGAUUUACUGUCCAAGCUAAAACAGUUAAACACUUAAUCCACUGAGUGUUUCCUGAGUGACUGUGAAAACUCUCAAAGUUUAUUAUAGUCUGCUCUCCAGCACAGUCAGCAUCUACAUAUUAAUUAUGGUGUGGUAAUUGUCCUUCGUCCUCUCAGCGAUGCUUCGUAUCCAACGUCUGAAGAUGAUUGUCUCUAAAAUUACUGCUGUGGCUGUGAAUAGCUGUUUGUAAAUGAGUUCCCCCAUGGAUGUGGAUUAUGCAGGGGUUUUGUCUUUUUGUGUAUAAUGCUGUCUGAUUGCUUCUCAUUCUGACACAUUUGCAAAUCUGAGCUGGAAUCCAAAGUCUGGGUGUCCAGGAUGUGCCUGUGUUUGGAUAUAAAACAAGUAGUCAGGAAAAGUGUAAUGUCUGCUCAAUUUUUAAAACUCAUUAAAGAAUAACAAACAACAAG